AUGGACAACAAACCUAAAGGCAGAUCUAGCCUUAAAGAAAUUCGUCUGGUGGACAGUAACGUGGAUACAGUACGAAUCUUUGCCUCCACUUUGAAAAAGGAGUUUGGAGAGAAGGAAGCUGAACCCCCUCCGACAUACAGAGUGAGAAGGAUGGAGGAAAGGCCUGAACCCAGGGAGAGAGUCUAUGAAUCCAGAGUAUCUGCUAAUCAGCUGGUGACCAAAGAAAACUUCAUCAUCAAAGUUAGAGAAGGAUUAAUCCAAGAAGCUUCAGUAAGUACUCAAAACUUUGUGUCUAAAUCUCUUUUAAAUGUUUGGAUGAAGUAA